CACAUGUUCAUGCAGGAGCUUAGCGAAGGAGGUGAGGGUGAGGUGGUGGAUGUGAGAUCGGGGAUCAGUGACUGGAAACACACCGAAGACAGGCGUAGCGGUUGCUGGAGCCAUGCGGGACUUCGCUUAGAUUUGCCACGGAGAUGACGGGGAACGCGGGAGAGUGGCAGACUGUCCGGAAGAGGAGAGGAGCUGGUAAAGCAGGGAGGCAGCAGCAGGAUCCGGGGCCCAGUAGACAGUGUGGCCGGCUGCAAGACGAGGCUCCGGACAGCCAUAGAAUCAAAGAGAGGAUCCAGGGAGCAGUGGAUGAACUGCGGACUGCAGAGUUUUGGGAUGCGUGUAAAAAGCUCACUCUGGGCUGUCUAAUGAAGAGUCUUCAUACUGGAGCAGAGGAGGCAGGGGAUACGGGAGCACCAGCAAGAGAUUGUCAGGACUGCAAAGGAACGAAGUGUCCUGAUAACGCACCAGAUCCUCCCAUUCCUGCAGCAGACUGUGCUGGACCCUCACCAGAUCCUCCCAUUCCUGCAGCAGACUGUGCUGUACUGUGCCCAGCUGGAGCUGCUCUGGAUUGUGUGUGUUAUGGACUGGGACGCUUUUCCAGCUGUGCCUCCUCUCGUUACCAGCUCGCCCUGCUGCUCCUGCUGUUGGAGAGCCUGCAGAUUCCUGCAAGUCGGUGCUACUUAUACGAUCCCAUGUUCUCUAAAGCAGAGGUCGGCAUCCUUGAGGAUUUCGGAAUGACAGUGUUGACCAAAAAUGAGGAAGGGAAGCGGCCGGCUCACAGACCCACGCUCUUCUACCUCAUCCACUGCGGGAAGGCUCUCUACAACAACCUGCUGUGGAAGAACUGGAGCGUCAGGGGCCUGUCCCAGCUCACUGUCAUCGGGAACAGCUUCCGUGGCAUCGAAGAGAGGUUGUUGGCGAGAGUUUUGCAAAGAGACUACAAGUACAUCUCUGACAUGCUGGAAGUUGUGCGGGAGGUCCCAUUCCCUGACAGCCCUCGCUACCUGGAGAUCUUCAACGACACCUCCGUUCACUGCUUCCCCACGGAGAGGCUGCGCGCCCUGCCGCCGGCGCUCUGGGACUCCCCAGCAGAGCCAGACUACCAGGAGGACCUGGAGAUCAUCCGUGCCGGGGAGGGGGGGUCAGCUCAGGUAGCAGCUCAGCGCACUGCGCUCUGAAGAUAACCUAUGAGGAUCAUCUGGAGCUGCUGGGAGUGCUGUUCUCUGCUAAAUCACCACUAGGUAGCAAUCACGAGCUGGUGCUGGAGUAUAGUUUGCGUGAACUCUGUGGAGUUCAAGAAGUUGCCCUGCCAAAACUUUGAAAACAUGUGCAUUAUAAAACAGAUAAACAGAUUGGAAACGUAACCUGAUAGAAUUGCGCACACAGUGACUGAAGGGAAUUUAUAGACCUGAAUUGUGUGUGUGUGUAAAAAAAAGAAAGGUCUUCCACAAACACAUCAUUUUCACCAUUCUUUAUUGAAACUAGCCACCCGAAAGCCGUUAAAACAAUGUAUUAUAAAGAAAAAACAUCAGCGUUCUAAAGAAAAUACCCUUUCUGAUAAAUCCACCAGGUGUGAAGCUGCCAGUUUGGCGCUCCCUGUUGCAGUCAGUGAGUCAGUCAGCGGUGUGCAUGCAGAGUGUAUCCAAGAGCCUCUUCCCGGGCUGGCAGAGCUGCUGUUUGGACUGGGGUUACAGGGGUCAGAGUUGAAGGGAUCAAAGGAAGAGUUUCAGAGGGCAAAGCAUUGACACCAUUUAACCUUAUCAAUGUGUAUUGAAAAGGCAGAGCUAGAAGUGAGAGGGUGCAGCCUCAUUUCAGCUUUAGACAGAAGUGUAAUUACUGCUUAAUGAACUAGGAACUCCCAAUACUAAUUCAUUAAACAUGGCAUGGUAACUUG